UGGUCAAAGCAGUAAAAGGUGUCUUAUUAGAGUGUGAUAGCACAGUGAAACAAAUCGUACUCAACUUGAACAAAAGAGGCAAUUUUAUAAUUGAAGACUUGGACGAAACACACUUAUUUAUCGAAUCUUCCUGGGUAGACCAAUUGAAAUACGAACUCGAUAAGAUCUUGGACGAAAACUCUUAUACCGUCUCUGCUGUAGAAGACAACAAAAAGUUUUAAUUAAAUAAACUAUGAAGCGUGUUUGUCCUAUUUGUCAUACGACCAAAUUCAAAAGCUCGAGUGAUUCGGGUUUGGUCUGUAAAUAUGGUCAUAAACUCUUGGGUAUCCAAAAAGAACAACAAGAAGACGAUACCAUCAUGGGUGGUUUGGGUCGUCGACGCAAAAAGAUCAAGACAGAAGUUCAGGAGAGUCGUGUCAGUCCCGCUAAGCAAGCCAGUGAUUUUAUGCGGAUCAUUCAGUUUGGAUUGCAAGUGAUGUCACGUAGUAUGGUUCAAGACUUGGGGUUUCCGGCUGAAUUGGAAGCUGUUGUACAGAUUGUAGAAGCAUAUCUGUUUGAAGCCAACAUCAAGGAAAAGAAAGAUGGAGAAAGCACAAUCAAACAAGACACAAUGAAGCUUGAAUUAGAAGAAUUAGAAGCAUUGGCAGCCAAAUCUGGAUCAUCCGAUGACGAUCACGAUGACGAUGACGAUGAUAGCCCAGCACAAGGUUCAUCUCGACUGAAAUGGCCCCCACUUGACUUUAGUCACACUCUUGUAUUUCUUUAUCUUGGAUGUAUUUAUCUUAAUUUAUCUGUCUUACCCUAUGAUUUCAUACGAUGGGCUAAAGAAGGACAGAUUCCUUAUUUAAAGAUGCAAGAAAGAAUACCUUCUCAAACCAUGGCUUCACUCAGUUUGUUCUUGAGUAAUUCCAUGACCAUGGUGCCAGGUUUAGCCACCCUCGUCAGAAGAUCCUAUGAAUUUACAAGGUGCUUUUUGUUCAACUGCAAUCAAUCAUUUCCACCUUUAAAUGUCCCGCUUUACAUAGAUCGCUUUUGCCAUCAAUUCUUUCUUCCAGUGGAGGGCUUUUAUUGUGCGCAGUUUAUUUUUGAACAGUAUCGCCAUAGAUACGUGACAGAUUUACAUCUUGUCAAUCGAUACUAUAAAAAACCACAAGUGACAACCGUCUUAAUGGCUUGUGUCUUGGCCACAGUGAAACUCAUGCACGGCAUUGGUACGCAUGGUCAAGACACUAACCUACAUCAAGACAUCAAAGCAAACCUAAUUCGAUGGAGAAAAGUACAAGAAGACCAAGAGGAUCUAGAUAACAUUGUUCAAUACCUAAGAGACACGUCUGUAGCCUCUAAAAUAGCUGCUCAUUCAGCAGACCGAAACAAUAUCAUUCUCAACUUGUUUCAUCAAGGACCUGUUCGUAUGGUCCAUCGAAAACAACGUCCAUCAGACUUGUUUUUGGAUGCAAGUCAUUUAGUACAAGAUCAAGUACCUCUUUUUGACAAAGACGUAUUUUAUUAUUAUGCAAGAAAAUCAGGGUUUGGGCCUUUAGACUAUGUAGAUCUCAUUGAAUUAGCUACUUGUAUCACAGGUGAAAAGAUUAAUGCGUCAAUUGAAUCUACCUUGAAAAUCAUUGACAGAUUAUUGGUUCAAACCAGCCAUGCAAAAACACUUUUAACAUCUGAAUACAAGGCAAGAUUUCCUUAAAUAUAUAUAUAUAUAUAUAUAUGUGUGUGUGUGUGUAC